UUUUUAACAGUGCUAGUGAUCUAAAGCAGGGCCUCACACAUACUAAAAGUGCAUCUUGAUGGUAUUGGUGUGGCUCCAAGCAAUUUGCCUAGUGGUAGAGACCUGGUAUUUUCUGAUAGGUUUAAUGGGAUCCCAGGAGUGGGGCCUGGGCAUAAGUAUUUUUUAAGCUUCCAUAUCUAGUGAGUAAUUAGUGUUAACUCUCUGAUUUAAACUCUUGUUCCUUCAUCCAGGUUGCAUGGAUGAUGAACCUGGCUUUCUCUCUAAAGCCAACAACCUUUUUUCUAGUUCUUCGAUCCUUACAGCACCCACUGUCUCCAUAAUGUUAGCGCCAUGCUGAUAACUAGUAAUAACUGCUGCUGUUGUUUUGUAGUAGGGAUUUUUAGAAGGAAGAAUUCACUUAUACAUGGAUCCUUCUUGAAAACCUCUCCUAGAUCUGUUUCUGACUGCUCUUUCAGGGUCUGUUUUGGUGAAUCCCCUUCCUUAAAUGUUGAUGUGCUUAGGGGCUCAUCUUACACUGUAUCUUCUCCCAAGAUGAUCUCCUCUCAUACUCUUAGAUUUCAUUCCACUCAAAAUAUGAAGCACUAGCCUGAGUUCUCCCUGUGAACUUCAGACCAGUAUAUCUAGCUCCUUAUUGUACUUCACGUGGGCAUUCCACAAACUAUUCAUUCCCCAAUAUGAGAUAUGCCCCUUGUCUUGUUUUCCCUAUUAUAUUAGCUUUCUAGCUACCAAGGCUGUCAAACCAGAAGAUUGGGAAGUAUCCUGGCUUAUCUUCAUUUCCUUCAUCCCACCCUUAAUCAAUCACCUUGUCCUUUCUCCUCUUUGUAUUUGAAUCUUAUGUUUAUCUUGAUCCCUGUAGCCACUGCCCUUUUGCCCACCAACUUUCACUAUGCUAGACUCCCCACCUUCAAUCUCAUGAUCCUUUACCCCAUGCCUCUCCCAUCAGACUUAUUUCCUCACCUUGCUUAAAAGCUGAUUCAUCAGAUGACUUUCUAUAAUUUGUUCCCAAGUCUUACUCUCCAACACUGUUAAUGUACUUAAUUUAGGUGUGCACCACUUUGUAAGAUGCUUCAAAACCUCUGUUGGAACAAUUAAUUACAUACCCUUGCUGCCUGAAAUGUGAUUCUGAGAGUCUACAGCAGCUGUAUUACCUGUGAUCAUAUUUAAAAUCCAGAAUCUCACUCCAGUUCCUACUAUAUUAGAAUUCUCAUUAAGAUCUUCUGGUGAUUUAUAUGAACAUUAAAGUUUGAGAAGCACUUAUUUAUAAAAUAUUUUUUUAAAAUGAGGGGCAAAAUUAAAGCUAGGGGAAAUUCUAAUGAAGCCACAGCUGAGGUAAUACUGGUAUAUGCAUGUGCUCAGGUGCUGUACUUAAUUUUGGGAGGUAGUGGGAGCAGGGCUGAUUUUGAGGAAGUCAAACAGAACAACUGAAUGAAGUUGACAUUUUUUGUGUCUGUAGACACUAGACUUAGUACUUAACUCUCCCACCACCUCUCUCUGGCCUGUUAUAUCACUAUACCUCCAUUAAAAAAAAAAAACAAAAAACAUUAUUUCCCCAAGAUUAGACACUCCCACUGACCUUCCUUUCCAGGAAGCUAAAAGCCCAGGCCUCCCUUCUUGAUUUCUCAAACUGCAGUCUCCCUCUGUUCCUCAGGGCCCACUCAUCCUUUAAUUAGCCCAGAUAUCAUUUCUUCAGAAAGCUCCCGGGCCUUCCUGCCUUGGUCAAGAUCAUCAAGGCAUUUUCACCCUGUACAGCAAUUGUUUAUUUAUUCCCCACCCACCCCCUGCUGGGAAUCAAACCCAGGGUCUCCAAUGCUAAUCAAUCGCUCUACUACUUAGCUAAGCCCCCAGUCUCAGUGUACUGUUUACAGCAAGCAGUACACAGCUGUGUUGAAGGGCCCAGACUCUGGAGUCACAUACACUUAGGUCUGAAUCCUAAUUUUCCGUCCAACAAGAUGUUACUUUGAAACAGACUUGACUUUCUGGGCUUAUUUGCCUCAUUGUAAAAUAUGGCUAAUAAUAGUGCUUUACUGUUCAAAACUUAUGAGAAUAGUUCUGCUGUACCUCAUCUGUCCCAGGAGCCCAGGUGUAAGCAGUAAACAGCUGCGCUGUUACAGUGUUCAGAGGGAGGUUGGCAAGUGUUGCACCAGGUGGAUCUGGAAGUUUGUGCAGUCAUAGAUCCUCUCCAACCUUCAAGGAGCCAGGUUGCUCCCUAGCCAGUAGGCGGCGCCGUCAGGUUGAAUGACAGCAGUGGCCCGCCCCGGGCGUGACGUCGUCCUAGUGUUGUUGCCUGCGGACGCACGUGGUCAACUAAGUCCGCCUCAGAUUCAGCAGUAUUCCGCGUCCACACCACCAGCCGGUUGCCUUCCAGCACUUCUUGUCUGCUAUGUCCACGUCCACGAGCUGCCCGAUUCCCAGGGGCCGGGAACAGCUGCCCGACUGCUACAGCACCACGCCAGGGGGCACGCUAUACGCCACAACCCCGGGAGGUCAGCGGGCCGCGCCGGGGUCCUCAGAGUGCGGGCAAACCAGCGCGUGCGUGCUGUUGCGGGCGCGAGUGGGAAGGCACCAGGAUCAUCUACGACCGAAAGUUCCUGCUGGAGUGCAAGAACUCACCCAUUGCUCGGACACCCCCCGGCUGCCUCCCUCAGAUUCCCGGGGUCACAACUCCUCCAGCCCUACCCUCCAAACUGGAGUUGCUGAAGGAGCAGAAGGAGACAGAGGAAGAGAUACCCGAUGACGCACAAUUUGAAAUGGACUUCUAAUCCAGUGCAGAUGACCCCACGUGUGGAGUUAUAGAGGGAUCCCUCAUGCCGUUGUUGCCACCACCUCUUUCUGGGAUAUCCAAAGGACAGCUAGCCUCAUCUAAUCUGGAAAUGAGUGACUUGUUGGUUGAGGGCCUCCUUUAGUUCUGGGGCAGCUAGACCAGGGAUAGGAGUGGGCAACUUGCCAGGCCCUUAGAUCUAUUUUUUCUUUGGUCUAUAGGUAUUCCUCCCAAUCCUCAGCCCUCUAUGCUCAGGGUUAGGACUGGAGGACAGAGUAUGUCACCUUCUAGCUGCUUAGUAAACAUUUAAAGAAAUGUUUUGGCUCCAGUCUUCUCCUCAAUGGUGAUCUUCUCAUCUCAGCCACACAGCUGAGGGCCCUAACAGGGUGGUUGAAAGGCCCAGGUCUGUUCCCAGCUCCCCCUUGGCCAACUUCCAGCAGCCUGGGGCAGACCAUAGGAGUCACCAAAACAUAAACAGCAAUAGCCUGGCCCUUGCCAAGGGAUGUUCCUGUCUUUCCAGGAAGCAGUCUUCCUGGAACUGGGCCUCCCCACCAACCCCUCCCCUAUCCAUUCCUUAGCAGCACUCCUAGAUGAGGUGAUGUCACAGCCUGUAGCCAAAUCCCUUGUUUCCCCUUGUCUUUGCUGUCUCCUACUUGUGUACUAAUCCCCAUUCCAAUACUGAAAACUUUAUACCUUUCUUUCUCAUAGCUCAAUAUCACCAAGGACUUCUCUAGUCCCUUCCAUGAGCUCUAUUGUUUACCCAGGUUUAGAAGAAACCUUAAUGGUCCACACUGAAGCUCAAAAUGAGGUAGGAGCUUACCUGAUGAGUCAAAAGUAAUAAUUCCAAAUCUCAGUAAUUUGGUCAUCUCCUUCAUUUUCUAUAGCAAAAACCAUACUUUCUGGUUCUAAUCUCUAGCAUCUGUAUACUUUAAAGAUGGGAGGUAUAUAAGGGAGUCUUCUUUUGAAAGAAAAACAUACCCAUGCUAUGCUAUUUUAAUCUAUCCUCAUUUUGAAAUGAACUCAUUCAAAGACCAGGACUGCUCCGCAAGGAAUGGACUUUUCAAUCUAACUUUUUGGUAAAAGUGGCAAGUAGCAAUCUGGUCAUGCCCAGCUAGGUCUUUCAUGAUGUGUGGAGGAAGGAGAAUAUAGUUUGUAGGUGUGCAAGGAGUGGGGCAGUCAAUGACAGCAGUGGGGACCAGUUUGACAUAUGAAGGGCUCAUCUCUUCCCACCCAGUGCCCACCACUGAGAUGUUUUUAUUGAAAUGCAUGUGUUAUGGGUUAACAAGUGACCUUCCUAUAUCCCAGAUUGGAUCUUGGGUCUGUUCCAAUGGGACAGUCUCCCUGGUGGUAAAAGGGAGUCAAGUGAGAGAAGGCCUCCCACACCAAAGCAUAGGUGAGUCUGGGGAAUCCCCAGAAUUAUGGAGCCUCUUGAGAGACUGGUAUAGUUUGAUUCUCCUCAGCAGCUGCUGCAGAUUUCUCUUCAUUGGCAUCCCCCUCUGAAGACAGACUCCUCUUUUCCGCAAUUAAUCUUUUAACUCCUACCAUCCACUGACUGACCUCAGUCACGUGGUCAACCAUGAGGGAGCGGUGAAUGUCAUCUGCUACAUCCCACCGGUGGCUUGAAAGCUCUGAGGAGAGACAGAGCUUGAGCAAGCAAACUGCUAAAAAAGAACAUUCAUGCCUCCCAUCCCAGAUUGUAAAACCUUAGCACUUGUUCCAGCUUAAUCAACCAUGGCAGGGCAAGAGAUUUAGGCUAUACCAGGAAGCUGCCCAUACCUUGCACCAGUAGUGCCAUCCUCUUCUUUACAGGCACUGACAACUUCCCUCCAGCCCACUGUUCCUGAAGUAGUGUCAGGCGUCGAUUGAUGUCAUCACAUACCUGCUUCUGAGAGACAAACCCCCUCCAACUCAAGUGUUGCCAGCCCAGUGGGGAGAGGGGAAGGCAGCAUCUUAUAGGAAUGUACCUGCUAUCUCUGGCCCAGGACAUUUUGUCUUUUUAGAGUUCUGGUUCUUUACCCAAAGGUUAGAGACCCUCACUGAAAACCUGUUGAGGCCUAUGGAUCAUCUCCCAAGAAAAAGUGCAUGUGUGGCUAGAAUUUAAAAAUUUCAGGGGCCUCUCAGACCCUCAGAAGUUCAUCUUGUAAGGUUAAUUUACAAAAAAAUGAAACUUAAGAGCCAAAUAGAUGAAAUUACUGUUACUUCCACUUUCCUUGCCCCCUUGCCUCCAGAGAGCUUAGGAAACACCAUAGAUAGAAGGUGAUUUCCUCUCUCCUACUGAGCACAAAACCAGCAGGGUACGCUCUGAAUGGCCUGGAGGCACAGAAAAUCAAGCUGUUAUUUUUCACUAAUGGAAAUUUAAUUCAACUCAUUCUACUGCUGACUUCUGAAAUCACCCUCCUGAAAUCCUGUGUUCAUUUGUCUGGGAAGACCUUCACGAACUCUGAAAGGAUUAAGAUUGCCCAUAGGGUCAGAAGGUCUACUGUUGGGAGCAAUAUUUGCAUCAAUCUAUGGAUAGGAGUCCUCUACCACCCCCUGGAGGGCCAGGGCUUACCCUCAUGUGGCCACGGCAAUCCUCCAAUGCCUGUUCCAAAGGUCUCAGCACAUCCUCCAUCAGAGCCUCAGACUCGAUGACUGGGAAACUUGUGGGCUCCACAUUGGAGACAGGACAACUCCCCACAGAAGGGGGCCCAGGGGCCUUACUUGAAGGAGGCGGAGGCCCCAUUGGAGGUGGCCCAGGAGAAGUCUCUGAGGUGGAGACUGAAAAGGUAAAGCAGUAUCAAGUAGCAUGGCUCAAACAGGUAAAGAAGCUCAACUCUUUAGUCAUCCUGUAAGCAGGGCUAUGCUGGGACAACUCAUCCACUUAAAAAUGUAUGUGAGGUACCUACUACAUGCAGACAAUGUGCUAGGUGCCAAAGAGAGUAAACCAGACAAAUUAGGUUCCUGCCCUCAGAGAACUUAAAUUCUAGAGGAGUUGGGGACACGAGAAAAUUGCCAAAUUACUGUUUUAUGCUAUA